CGAAUUAUUUCAUCGGAUAAACAACAUGACGAAGAAGUACAUCGCAGAUGUGUUCAUCCAGAGGAUAAACAGCAUUCGUAGCGGUCAAACAGUGUGGGAUGCUACCACAAAGGAGAAAAAAACAACCAUAAGAAGCAGUCCCAUCAAUGAGAUCAAAUUAGGUGGUAAGCAUAAGAUGCUACUUCCUCACGAGGAUAGCAACAAGCUAACCACACAUCUGUCAUAUAAUACACAGGGGAACAACCCAAAUGAUUAUUCAUUUGUGAGGUAUGAAACAAAACCAAAAGGGAAGGACCACACACAAUUACGAAUGAAUGAGAAGUGCAAGGAGCUCCAUUCCUUUAACAAUUGCAACGAAAUGAAACUGGACUCGUGUGAACAGAAACUGAAGCGGGUGGCAUUCCUAAACUACAUGAAGUACAAGUUAAGCAAAUCCAAGAGAAGUGAAAAACGUUUGAGUGCAAAACAGGGGAUGAAAUAUUACCGCCCAUGUAGAGGAGGCACGGUAGCACAUGUGUGUUUUCCGGGAGGGCACCUUAAUACGAGCAGAAUCAUUACCGCUGGAGGAAUUAGCAACCUACGCGGUGUUAAUCGUAUUUAUUGUCUCCAACACGCGGACGCCUACCAGAAGAAGGGGUCUUAUAAAGAACAAGCAGGAGGAGAACUCGUCCAAUUAUAUUUCCCCCACUCUGCAAGUAGCAACAGGAGUAUGGUGCCAAACAAUCUGUGCAUUCCCACCAAUGCAAUUUUAAAAGGCAAUCCUAGAAACGUCCCAUGCAUGGUGCAUAGCUGCACUGAUGGGAAACUCAUCCCCUAUAUUGUGAAGCAGCAGAAUGGAAAACAGAUAGAGGCAAAGUGGGACUAUUACCCCCUUGAGAGGGGAACCAGUACCGACAUAACUAUCAAGAAGUUGAAUAACCAUUACAUUUGUCACCCCAAAACGAAUGGAACUCGUCUGAAUGGUUACUACGUUCACUCGGGUGACUCACUGGGGGGUGCUCCGUCAAAGAAGUGGGAUUACCACUUCGCAUUCCUGCAGAACAAGUUCCAAUGCAAAGCUGCAAGUGGGGAAUUCCCCAACGGGAAAGUCAAGAUGUGCGUCAAUAAAAAUAACCACAUGAUCAACAAGGAUAGGAGGUGCAACCUGAGGGACAAAUGCGGCACGUGCAGAGAGGAGACCUACAGGGGGGCUGCCGACCCCAACAGAACUGCCAACCACCACGCAGGGAGGAUACAUCCGGAUACGCCUCCUUCCGAGAGCAAACGCGCGCACACCACGGCGAAGCUUCAUUGCGCGAAUAACCAAGGGGCAAACAAUUUGAAGGCCACUAGCGGCGCGACAAUUUUCCCCGGGUACGCCGAUGCGAAGCACCAAAUGGGUGGCAACGCAGGUGGGGCAAAUCGUGUGGUCCUGGUGGAUUAUACGAAUGGCUCUUUGGGAGGGAAGAAUGCGAGGAGGUCAGGUCAGGAAAGUCAGAUGCGCCGAUUGAUCCAAGCGGGCCAGGCGACCAAAUCUGGUAUGCCAACCGGGAAAGUAUCACUCCCGUCCGAGGGCACCCUCCGCACGCGAAACUUCCCCACGAGCGAAAUCGAUCGAACCACCAGCUUCUACACUCAGUCGCAGCUGUACAAAGAUACGACGCUGAAAACGAAGAAAAAGAAAAACAACCUCUUCACCGUAAAACACAACAUACUGCAGACUCCCCACCAGUGUGAUCACCAGACGGAGGGAAGAAUAUGCUGCAACAUGGGCGAAGGAAUAUUAUGUACAAACACUUGGCACACGGACGAAUCUGACUCGAAGAAUUGCAUUUUAAAAAAGAUACGUAGUGCACAUGACUACGGUAACAACUCCAUCGAGGUAUGGACACACGAAAGGGGCGCUACGAAGAAGGAACAAAACGGCAUUAACGCACGACGCGGCAUUAGUGUACAGAACGCCAUUAACUCGCUCAACGCGAUUGACUCGCACAAUGCACAUAAAUAUCACGUGAAGGUAAAAAAGAUCUGCUGCAGCCACGGAAAUCAAGAGGGACAAGUGUGGGGAGAUGAGGGCAGCUUUAAAAAUAUCCUCUUUUGCAACGCACAUGACACCAAUUUUAAAAAAAUGACACUUAAAAAUAGGAACAUUGAAAGCUUCCACAUUUGCUCCCUUAACUCCUCGCGCGUGGAAGAAUUCGCAAAUGUGAAUUAUCGCCAUGGUAUGGAGAACAUCUGCAUAUUCCGAGACUUCUGA